UAAAAUAUAUUCUGAUUCCUUUUAAUCCAACUUUAAUCAGCAGGAAGGUUGCAUGCAUAUUUUCUAAUUAGCAACAGGAAGCUCCUCCACCUACAUAAGAAAAAAAAAGAAAGGAAAGAAGAAAAAGAAAGGAAAGAAAAGAAAGGACAGAAAGAAGACAGAUAGAAAUGACCUAAACACUGGGACUGAUUUAGCAGGGGCGAACCCCAACCUGACACUUGGUCUCCUCCUCCUUAAACAGUCCUCUGGCACUCUGAGCUCCAGCCCUCUGUGUUCCCUUCAGGUGAAUCACCGUCAGAUUCCUGCAAGUUCAGGAAAUGCUCUUCCCCAGUCUACAAAUCUCACCUACUCUCAGAUGUGAGUCACUUACAUUAGCAAGAGAGCAAGUUACUCAAGCUGUUCGGAGCAGGACAAUCUCAAAGGACACCCUCAAGGGGCCCAGGGGAGAACCCACUUUCUCCGACGGGGGAGAAAAAUGCUUAUUUCUCAUGCUGUGCGAGAAAAUCCACUUCUCUGUCAACCAUAGUUUCAAAGCUUAUUCUUAAUUAGAGUUGAGGAUCCUGUUUCAACUUGAAGACACCGCAUCAGGUGAAUGGACACCCAGACACCGCAAUGAAAGGACUCAAGCCAAUAAUAACCUAUGCCGAACCCUGCCCUCAGUCAUCCUCAAGUGUUUCCUGACACGUAUUUUUGCUUCCAGUCCAUCACAACUAAAGAAUGGGGCUCAACCUGACACUUGCAAAACUACCAGAUAAUGAGCUGCACAGCCAAGGGAGUCACGCUUCAAGUAACAUGAGUGAUGGACCCGGAAAGAACACCACUGUUAACAAGUUUGACACGAUCGUCUUGCCUGUGCUUUACCUCAUUAUAUUUGUGGCAAGCAUCCUGCUGAACGGUCUAGCAGUGUGGAUCUUCUUCCACAUUAGGAAUAAAACCAGCUUCAUAUUUUAUCUCAAGAACAUAGUGGUUGCUGACCUCAUCAUGACGCUGACAUUUCCAUUUCGAAUAGUGCAUGACGCAGGAUUCGGACCUUGGUACUUCAAGUUUAUCCUCUGCCGAUACACUUCAGUUUUGUUUUACGCGAACAUGUACACAUCCAUCGUAUUUCUUGGGCUCAUAAGCAUCGAUCGCUACCUGAAGGUGGUCAAGCCGUUUGGGGACUCUCGCAUGUACAGCAUAACUUUCACAAAGGUUUUAUCUAUUUGUGUUUGGGUGGUUAUGGCUGUUCUGUCCUUGCCCAACAUCAUUCUAACAAAUGGCCAACUAACCAAGGAAAACAUUCACGACUGCAUGAAACUCAAAAGUCCCUUGGGAGUCAAAUGGCACGAAGCCGUCAUUUACGUCAACAGCUGCCUGUUCGUGGCUGUGCUGGUGAUCCUGAUCGGAUGUUACAUAGCCAUAUCCAGGUACAUCCAUAAAUCCAGCAGGCAAUUUAUAAGCCAGUCAAGCCGAAAGCGGAAGCAUAACCAGAGCAUACGGGUGGUGGUGGCGGUGUUCUUUACCUGCUUUCUACCCUAUCACUUGUGUAGAAUUCCUUUUACUUUCAGCCACUUAGACAGACAUUUAGAUGAAUCUGCACACCAAAUUCUGUAUUACUGCAAAGAAAUGACACUUUUCUUGUCUGCAUGCAAUGUGUGCCUGGAUCCAAUAAUUUACUUUUUCAUGUGUAGGUCAUUUUCAAGAAGGCUAUUCAAGAAAUCAAAUAUCAGAACCAGGAGCGAAAGCAUCAGGUCACUGCAAAGUGUCAGAAGAUCGGAAGUCCGCAUAUAUUAUGAUUAUACAGACGUGUAGGAGUUACAAAGGCCAUGAGGCCUCCUUAUUAGUUGAAGUCCGAGUGUACAGAAUGUAAA